GCCCCACCUAAUUUUCUUUAAAACCCCUUUUCAUCAUUGUAGAAAGUACACAUUUUAGUUGAUAAGUUUAUUUUAACUCGCAUUUAUGUCGACGUGAAAAGUGCUAAAAACAGCAUACAUCGCAUGUCAGUGAAAGCUACUCACUGAUUGGACAGGUAGAUCACCUUACACAAGCGACUCGGAGAGAGGAGAGCCGCGAGCUGAUUGGUUAAUAUAAUCACCUCACAGCAGCCACUGUGUGUCAUGAAUGCUGCGCGCUGAUUGGGCAGGAGGAUCACCUCACAGCUGUCACUCAAAGCGGUACCCAAAAUAAAACAAACUAUCAGCGCCCCGCCCACAACUUAUCGGCUCUCUGUCAGUUUCUUCCAGCCGGAUGAUUAAAAAUAUUCCGGUUUAAUGUCAUGUUAAACAUGACAGGCGACUUCCAAGCGUGAAUGAACACGAAAGUAACCCGACGAGAAGAAAGAAAGAAGAAUUUUCACCGAUUGGCUGAUCGGCGUCUUUUCUCAGCAGGGUUAUUUUUUUCUUCAGUGUACGUGACGUCACUCACUCGGUCCUCUAUAUAUCACAGUGAUGAAUAUGACAGAGAGAACAUGAGUGUUUCUGUGUUUGUCCUUCACUCUUCUGAAAACAUGAUGAGCUGAACCGGAGACUCAGACCAUGAAUUACGUGGGUCAGUUAGCAGGGCAGGUGUUCGUGCAGGUGAAGGAACUCUACAGAGGUCUGAAUCCCGCCACGCUGUCCGGCUGCAUUGAUGUUAUCGUUGUCCGACAGCCGGAUGGAGCUCUAAUCUGCUCUCCAUUUCACGUACGCUUCGGAAAGAUGGGUGUCCUGAGAUCACGAGAGAAAGUGGUGGACAUUGAGAUCAAUGGGGAACCUGUGAAUUUGCACAUGAAGUUAGGCGAGAACGGAGAAGCGUUUUUUGUCAAGGAGACAGAAGACGAUCAGGAAGUGAUUCCAUCUUACCUGGCCACAUCUCCCAUUCCGUCCGAAGGGGGUUUUCUGAUGGGCUCCUGCACUGAGAAUGGAAUGAUGAAGAAGAGGAGAAAGAGGAGAAGGAAGUACAGAUUGGAGGAUGUGAAGAGGGAGGACAGCGUGGAGUUCUCAGAGGAGGAACUGUUCAACAUCGACAUCAAUGACAGCGAGCAGCAUGAUCAGAACAGAGACCUGCCGAAUGGAGGUUUAUCCUCUGGAAACAUGCAAAACACAAUUUAUGCUCGCUCAGAUGGAGAGUGGAGUCCUGUUUACAGUCCGAAUGUGUCUCGUCCCUGCACCCCUAAGAGUGACUCUGAACUACUUUGUAAAGAUCAGCAGGAGGAUUCGGCCAUGUUGUGGUCCUGGGGGGAGUUACCACAAGCUGCCAAGCCAUCGUUUCUGUCAGCGAAACCAAACGUCCUGCCUGCGUGCCCACUGUCAAUCCCAGUCUCUGACAACACACAUUUCAGAGUCAUCCCUGAGACUGCCGCCCAUAACCAUCACAGCAACAGGACAUUACCUGCUAAUGGCCAAUCAAACAGAGCGAAAGAGUUUGAAAAGCAGGAUGUGUCACUAGCAGCUUGUGUGAUGCCUGAGGUUGUUGAGGAAGGAGCAAAUAUUGGACCCCGCCUACAGAAUAAGACUAAAAGAAAAGAUAAGAAAAGUCGCCAUCUGGGUUCUGAUGGGGUGUAUUUGGACGAUAUAAAAGAUUUGGAGCCGGAGGUGGCGGCACUUUACUUCCCUAAAAGUGGUUCAGAGCGUUUCGGUGAGAACGGUGUCCGCAGUGUGACCGUGUCUCCUCAGUCUAUGUGCAGCUCAGGAGCAGACAGCGGAGUGGACAGUUACGACCUGCCCACUAUGGCCAUCUCUCUCUGUGGAGGCCUCACAGAAAACAGAGAGAUCACUAAAGGUGCACAGACUCGCUCACAAUCAGCACUGCAUAUUAAUUAUGUACAACAGGACUACUUGCUUGAAAUGCAUUCAUUAAGCAUUCAUGUCAGCAUUUGCGUACAGCAUUUCCAGCAGAAGUCUGUGUCUUUUCAGCAGUUUGCUGAUAAUCCGUCUAUCAUUGAUGACCCUAAUCUGGUGGUGAAGAUCGGCUCUAAGUAUUAUAACUGGAGCACUGCUGCUCCUAUUAUGCUGGCUAUGCAAGCCUUCCAGAAACCAUUGCCUAAGGCCACGGUAGAGAGACUUAUGAAGGAGAAGAUGCCCAGAAACCGAGGAAGAUGGUGGUUUUCAUGGCGAGGAAGAACAAACAGCACCAAACCGGACUCAGUCUCAUGCGGUUCAGCCUGUGCUGCAGGAGAUGAGACCAUCAAGAACAGACGGACAGAAGAGUCCUCCUCCAGCGAUGAAGAUCGCUUAUCUGCCAAGCAAACCCCCGUACCUGUUCACACAGACCCCGCCCCUGCUGGAGGGGGCGUGUCCUAUCAGAAAACUCUCCGCCUUUCUUCGGAACAACUCGUCAGUCUGCAGCUAAAGGACGGUCCUAAUGACGUAUUGUUUAGCGUGACGACUCAGUAUCAGGGCACAUGCCGCUGUGAGGGAACCAUCUACCUGUGGAACUGGGAUGAUAAAAUCAUCAUCUCAGACAUCGAUGGCACAAUCACCAGGUCAGAUAAGUUGGGGCACAUUUUGCCCACACUGGGUAAAGACUGGACCCAUCAGGGCAUCGCACGUCUGUAUCAUAACGUCAGCCAGAACGGUUAUAAGUUUCUGUAUUGCUCCGCGAGGGCGAUCGGUAUGGCUGACAUGACACGGGGUUACCUGCACUGGGUCAAUGAGAGAGGAACCAUGUUGCCACAGGGACCCGUUUUACUGAGUCCCAGCAGCCUGUUUUCAGCACUGCACAGGGAGGUGAUUGAGAAGAGGCCGGAGAAGUUUAAGAUAGCGUGUUUGACAGAUAUUAAGAAUCUGUUCCUCCCAAACACAGAGCCCUUCUACGCAGCAUUCGGGAACAGAGACACCGAUGUGUUUUCCUAUAAGGAGGUGGGUGUUCCCUUAAACCGAAUCUUCACUGUCAAUCCUAAAGGAGAACUGAUCCAGGAACAUGCCAAGACCAACAUCUCAUCGUAUUUGCGCCUGGGUGAGGUGGUGGAUCACGUCUUCCCGCUCCUGAAGCGCAGCAGUUCAUGUGAUUUCCCCUGCAGUGACACCUUCAGCCAGUUUACCUUCUGGAGAGAACAGCUCCCCCUUGUGGACGGACAGAUAGCAAGCACUAUCAACACCUCUCGCUGAACAGCUGCAGGAUCUACUCACGACAUCACGUGUGGAUGCUCACAUAAGCUGCACAUAAUGCAGAAAUACAAAACAAGCACAGGCUGAAAAUCACUGAACAUGCUGAAAUCAGUGCAAACAGAUGAAAAUCACAUAUGAGAUUCACAACAGAUGAAAAAACUGCACUUUCUUUCAAAAAAAGUCUUCAUGUCAUUUGUGAUUUACUAUACACUCUAAAAAAUGCUGGGUUAAAAACAACCCAAGUUGGGUUGAAAAUGGACAA